ACCUUCUAAUUCCUCAACGCGUUAUUACUUAAUUAAAAAUCUUAAUCCAUGGUAUAUUCCAUUAAUUAUGCUACGACAUUUUCACAUCUAGCAACUAUUACUCAAUAUCCUAGACAAUUUUUGUUCCAUUUCAUUAUCAGAAAAACAAUCACAGCAUGGAUCUUGCUAUGUUUCUUCUCAUUGUUCUCACUCAAAGCUUUCUUCUAUGCUCAAAUGCAACUGCAAAUCAGAAUUACUCUGGGAAUUCAAUACUGAGGUGUAAAAAUGACACCACAGAUUUCCUCUACACCUGCAAUGGCGUCCAAAAGUCCUGCAUCGCCUUCCUCAUUUUCAAAUCCAAACCUCCUUACACCACCACCGCCACAAUUUCCAACCUCACUUCAUCAAACGCAGAAGAACUCGCCGGAAUCAACACCGCCACAAAUUUUCCCACUGGUAAAGAAGUAAUUGUUCCUGUGAACUGUUCUUGUCAAACAAAAGACUACUAUGAAGCUGAAACCAAAUAUGUUUUACCACAAAAACCAACGUAUUUCACAGUUGCUAACAACACCUAUCAGGGGUUGUCCACUUGUGAUUCUCUCAUGCAUGCAAAUCCUUAUGGGGUGCUUGAUCUGCUUCCUGGCAUGGAACUCAAAGUGCCACUCAAGUGUGCUUGUCCAACAAGGAAUCAAAUCAUGAAUGGCGUCAAGUAUUUACUCACUUACCCAGUGAAUUGGGGUGAUAAUAUUUCUUAUCUUGCACAACGGUUCAAUCUUUCUGCAGAUAGUCUAGUUGAUGCCAAUGGUUUUUCCUCUGAAACUGAAAUUCUGUAUCCAUUCACAACUGUUCUGAUUCCUUUGCCAACUGAUCCCACCAAUUCAUUGACCAUAGUUCAUGAAGAUCAACCACCCACUUCACCUUCUCUUGUUUCCAUUGGAAAAAGCACAAAUAGAUUGAAACUUGUCGUUGCAGUAGCCACCACAGGGAGCUUCAUGCUUGUUCUCUGUUUCAUUCUAGUUACUCUUUUUCUACUCAGAAAGAGAAGAAGAGCAAGGUUCUUUAAGCGAGGCGCAAAAGGUAAAACCGUGCCAGAUUCUUCAGAAGAUCUUCGUGACGAGAUUGCAUGUAUUGAGCUUCUCUCCAAAGUGUACAAGUUCGAGGAAAUCAAGGAAGCGACAGAGAAUUUCAGUUCAAAAAACAGAGUAAAAGGCUCUGUUUUUCGUGGCAUGUUUGGUUCUGAGUCUAAAAAAGGCAAUCUCACCUUGGCUAUCAAGAGAAUGAAUUCAGAUGCUUACAAGGAAGUGAAUUUGCUGGGGAAAAUCAAUCAUUUCAACGUGAUAAACCUCAAAGGUUACUGUGAAAACGAUGGCUUCUUCUAUCUUGUUUUUGAGUACAUGGAAAAUGGCUCUUUAAGAGAAUGGCUUGGGAAAUCCAUGUCCACAGAGCACAAAAGCUGGGUAAAGAGGGUUCAGAUUGCUCUGGAUAUUGCAAAUGGACUUGAUUAUCUUCUCAAUUUCACAGAGCCUUGCUAUGUGCACAAGGAUAUUAGCACUGACAACAUUCUGCUAAACAAAGAUCUGAGGGCAAAAAUAGCAAAUUUUAAUCUUGCUAAAGAAUCAGAGAAGGAUGUAACAUCUGGUUCUCACACUUCACAUGUUGUGGGAACCAGGGGUUAUAUGGCACCAGAGUAUUUGGGGGCAGGGCUAGUCACUUCCAAAAUGGAUGUGUAUGCUUUUGGAGUGGUGCUGUUGGAAUUGGUCACAGGUAAAGCUUCUAUUAUUGAGCAAGAUGGGAAAGAAGUGAUGCUUUCAGCAAUGAUGGUUAAUCUGAUUGAUAAAGAUGAUGAUGAUGCAGAAGAGAAACUUGGUUUGUUCAUUGAUCCUCGCCUCAUUGGGAAUAGUGGGAAAGUGUGUGGUGUUCAGCUAGUUAGAGUGAGCCUAGCAUGCUUGAUGGAAGAACCUGCAAGGAGACCAAACAUGGCAGAGGUUGUCUCUAGCUUGUUGAAAAUAUAUGCAGAAAUGGACAGAGGAAUAUCACCAGGAACCUAUGGCAGUCCAAGCAUGGAGAGGUGAAAUAGUGUUAUUACAUCUAUCCUCCCCUCUGGUUCGAGGCGUGAACAUCCAUAUCCUAAGGAGUUAAUUCCUUCGGUGAAUUAUUUUCAUACUCGGACAUGAUACCUCAUUUAAGGUGAAUCUAGUAUAUGUAACACUCAAACCAUUUUAAAAGCUGAAAUUUUCAUUCUUCUUUGGUUUGAAAAAAUAUUUCAUCAUCUAUGUUUUUCAUUUUAUGUUGUUUGAUAGCAUCUACAAUAAAAUACUUUAUGUCGUGAAGUUA